AUGGAAAACCACUCAAACAACUUAUUUAGGUUCAGCCUUGGUAAUCUCAGAUUACCCAAAUCAGCCAAAUUAAGGGCGUUUGGAAUCUAUUUAUCCGGUGGAUUAUUUGCAAUUGGAUUCUGGUCAUUAGUAGAUUCAGCCAUAUAUUCCAAAACCGUAAAUGCAUCAGAUGUGCAUGUGACUUUUAUCGACUGGUUACCAUUCAUUUGCUCGUCAUUGGGUAUGUUGAUUGUUAAUUCGAUAGAAAAGAGUCACUUGAUGAAUAGUGAACAAGGCGGUGGCGGUGGCGGCGCAGGAAUGUUUGAUGAUGGAACCAAUUAUGUAUGGGCCGCUAGAACUAUAUUGUUUUUAGGAUUCAGUUUGUUGGCGGGUGGUCUUGCUGGUAGUUUUAUGGUUUUCAUUUUGAAAUAUUUGAUGAAACAUUACUUGUUCCCCACAUUGGGUAUGGGUGUGUCAAAUAUCGUGUGCAAUGGUUGUGUCAUGUUGAGUUGUAUUGUAUUGUGGUUAUCACAGAAUAUCGAGGAUGAAUAUAGCUACAGUUUGGCUUUAUAA